AUGGAGCAUCAGAGAUCAUUUCUGGGACUUCUUCUAGGGUUUCUGGUGCUGUCUUUGACCCCGUUAUCGAGUGCGAGAUUUGUGGUGGAGAAGAACAGCUUGAGGGUCACAUCUCCAGAUAAAAUCAAAGGCACAUAUGACAGUGCCAUUGGGAACUUUGGGAUUCCUCAGUACGGAGGCAGCAUGGCGGGUGCUGUGCUGUAUCCAAAAGAGAAUCAGAAGGGCUGCAAGGAAUUCUCUGAAUUUGGGAUUUCGUUUAAAUCGACUCCUGGAGCUCUCCCAACGUUCGUUUUGGUCGAUCGAGGAGAUUGCUUCUUUGCCUUGAAGGUUUGGAAUGCCCAGAAGGCUGGGGCUUCUGCAGUUCUUGUCGCUGAUAAUAUUGAGGAGGCAUUAAUAACCAUGGACUCACCGGAAGAGGAUGGUUCAACUGCCAAAUACAUUGAAAACAUAACAAUACCAUCUGCACUCAUUGAAAAAAGUUUUGGGCAAACUUUAAAGAAAUCAAUCAGUUCUGGUGAUAUGGUCAAUGUGAAUCUUGACUGGAGAGAAGCUGUUCCACACCCAGAUGAUCGUGUGGAAUAUGAACUAUGGACCAACAGCAAUGAUGAAUGUGGGGUUAAAUGUGACAUGUUGAUGGAAUUUAUGAAGGAUUUUAGGGGUGCAGCACAGAUACUUGAAAUAGGUGGUUACACUCAGUUCACACCUCAUUAUAUAACUUGGUACUGUCCUCAGGCAUUCACCUUAAGCAAACAGUGCAAGUCCCAGUGUAUCAAUCAUGGAAGAUAUUGUGCUCCCGAUCCUGAACAGGACUUCAGCACUGGUUAUGAAGGGAAAGAUGUGGUUCUUGAAAAUUUAAGGCAGCUAUGUGUUUUUAAAGUGGUGAAUAAGACCAACAAGCCUUGGGUAUGGUGGGACUAUGUAACUGAUUUUCAAAUUAGAUGUCCCAUGAAGGAGAAAAAGUACAACAAGGACUGUGCUGACAGUGUCAUUAAAUCUCUUGGCCUUGAUGUUAAGAAGGUUGAGCAGUGUAUGGGAGACCCUACAGCAGACUCUGAAAAUUCUGUUCUGAAAGAAGAGCAAGAUGCUCAGGUUGGGAAAGGAUCAAGAGGUGAUGUAACCAUAUUGCCUACUCUUGUUGUCAAUAAUCGACAAUACCGAGGAAAGUUGGAGAAGGGUGCAGUUCUGAAGGCUAUCUGUUCUGGUUUCGAGGAAACUACUGAGCCAGCUGUUUGUUUGAGUAGUGAUGUGGAGACAAAUGAGUGCUUGGAUAAUAAUGGUGGUUGCUGGCAGAAUAAAGCAGCCAACCUCACAGCCUGCAAGGAUACAUUUCGUGGGAGGGUAUGUGAGUGCCCUCUGGUUGAUGGUGUGCAAUUUAAAGGAGAUGGUUACACUACCUGUGAAGCAAGUGGGCCUGGGAGGUGCAAGGUAAACAAUGGAGGUUGUUGGCAUAAAGCUCAAGAUGGGCAUGCAUUCUCUGCUUGCACAGAUACUGGAGAGGUCCAAUGUCAGUGUCCUCCUGGGUUUAAAGGUGAUGGUGUCAAAAGUUGUGAAGAUGUUGAUGAAUGCAAAGAGAAGAAAGCUUGCCAGUGCCCUGAAUGUAGCUGUAAAAAUACCUGGGGGAGCUAUGACUGCUCGUGUAGUGGGAAUCUUCUGUAUAUCAAGGACCAUGAUACCUGCAUAAGUAAGGCUGCUAGUGGGGGAAAGUCUGCAUGGGCUGCUGUGUGGGUUAUUUUGAUAGGCUUGGCUAUGGCUGGUGGUGGGGCAUAUCUUGUGUACAAAUAUAGAUUGCGGUCAUAUAUGGAUUCAGAAAUAAGAGCUAUAAUGGCACAAUAUAUGCCUCUGGACAGUCAAGCUGAAGUUCCAAAUCAUGUGAAUGAUGAACGAGCGUGA